UGGAGCCGGUCACAGUGUUCACUGUAUGCUCUCAUAUCGUACUUUUACCAUUGAAAAAUAUAUAAAAAACAUUCAAUGACGUUUAGCCGAGAUGGAUUAUUGUUGUUAUAGUUUCGAAGUGUUUUGAAUGUGUUUCAAAUUGUGCGAACAUCUGUGAAUCGGAUGUUUGUGUGAACAUUUCAACGAUUUCUGUAAUUCCGGCUUAAAGGAUAAACAUGGCGAUUUUGAGAAUACUCACAAUAAUAUGUGCGUCGUGGGCACUAGUAGAAUCUAAGUAUAAUCAUCAUAAAAGAGAAAUCAAGCCUUCAAUAUGUGAACCACGCCAUAACAGCACAGAAAAAGUGCUUUGUUACUGCGUCAGAAACAGUCUUAAACCAGAUCAAUAUCGAAGUGGUGAAUGCUAUUUAACAACGGAAGAUGUUACACAAGACGAUCCUAGUUGGAACGAAUUAAGUUUAUUACAAAAUGCUACUAAACUUACUCUAACAAAUACUAAAGGCAUUCUACUAAAAUAUGUACCUACUAAAGCUUUAGAGCAUACCAAAUCACUAGUUAGACUAAUGAUCAAAUAUGGAAAUAUAGAAAAAAUUCAAGCUUUCGCUUUCUCUAACUUAAUUACUCUAGAAGAUAUUGUAAUAAGGGAGAAUAAUAUUAAAAUACUCGAAAAGAAUUCGUUUGCUCAUCUCAAGAACGUCAAAGUUAUAAGUAUGGAUACCAACGAUAUAGUGGAAAUAAAUAGAGACGUAUUUGUCGAUCUACCAUCGAUUGAAAAAAUAUUCUUGACUGUAAAUAAAAUUACAACAAUUCAUGAUAGAGCAUUUGUUCAUUUAACCAAUCUGAAAGAAUUGGAGAUUGAUAAAAAUAAAUUGUUCAGUUUGAACAGUGAGACAUUUUCUGGAUUGGUUAAUUUGGUUAGAUUGGACAUAAGCGGCAAUAGUUUAGAGGUUAUUGGGGAUAACACAUUUGUCUAUCUCGUAAGUCUUAAAUUCUUGAAUUUGGAUGGGAAUCAGAUUCAGAUGUUAGACGAGAAAGCAUUCAAUGGACUUGGAAAUUUACAAUCUCUGUCUUUAGCUCAUAAUAAAAUAAAUAACAUUGAUAAUGUGAAGACUUUUGAAGGACUAGAAAAUUUAAAAUCCUUAAGUUUGAAAGAAAAUUUGAUUCGAGAAAUCAAAGCUGAUACUAUGGCACCAAUCCUAAAUAACUUCUAUGCCGGCAAAAGUUUCUUAGAUUUUGAUGGUAAUAAAUUUCCAUGCGAUUGCAGCCUGGAUUGGUUCCUGUCAUUAAAGAAUAAAACUCAGAAUGUAAUAUUAAGAAAUAGUCUUCUCAACAUAAAGUGUUUGCCAAGUGAUACACUACGUGAUAAAUGGAAUAAAGAUGUGGAUAAAGAAAAGAAAGAAGAGGUUUUGGACGUUGUAGAAGAACCAACAGCAAACGCAGAAUACGAAUAUUAUGACGAUUCACAACUGAAUGGAACUCUAUUUUAUAUAGACAUACGAUAUCUAUUAAAUUGUACUGGUCCAGAUUACUCCGCUAUGGAAUCCGAGAACAAUCAGGUAAUAGCUAACAAAAAUAUAAAUAUCAAAGCAAUAUCUAAUCCAGUAUUUACAACCAUCAUAGAAACUACAGCAAAACCAACAACAAGCACAGAAUUUCAAGGCACUAAAUUAGAUCUGGGCUUAUUGGAUGUAUCUAUUAUAGAGUCCACAACGAAAAAUGUGGCGACUGUAGCGUACAAUGAUAAUAAUAAAAAUGUACAGCUAUCAAAUGACAUAAUAAUAACUAAUGGUGAGGAUGAAAAGAAACAAAGCCCAACUACUAGUCGGCUAGCUACCGUUUCAGCUAAACCUACGGAGAAGACAGUUUUUGAUGACCGCGAUAUGGCUUCAGAUGAGGCGAAGCCAGAUAAACUGAAAGCACACAGAAAUUACCAGGAGGAUUUAGACCAAGCCAAAAUCAACAAUGCGCAAAGGAAUACGGGCUGUGUGCUAUGGCUCCUCUCGCUAAUAUUUAGUUUUAAUUUAUUGUUUUAAGUCACAUAUAGUAUUCUUGCGCUAUUUAGUACCUAUUUACUUGUAAGUAAUAUUAUAAGUUGCAAUCUCACAGUCAUUAAAAUAAAUUGCUAUUAUAAUAUUGAA